GAAGUGGAGGCCGUUUGUGGCAUUACAGCAUUCCGAAAGUAACGUAAGGGACGAGAGAACAGAUUAAAUAAAAUAGAUCGUAAGCGGUAACAAAACUUCCCCUUUUAACAACCCAGUUCCCCUGUUUCCUCCCCUUAUGGCUUCCAACUCGAAUAUAGACAUAGAAGACGCGACCCAGCAUCUUCGGGACAUCUUGAAGUUGGACCGACCCGGGAGCAGCGGCGAUGCGCCCGCUGUAGAAGGUCCGAAGAAGGCGGCAUUCAACGGCGAGCUCAAUGGACUGUUCGGAGCCGAUCUCCUAGGCGCCGGAGACCGCGUUGCCUCAGCCGAACCCACUCACAGUCCGGAGAUCAUGCAUGCGCAGACUAUCCUCCUCUCUGGAGACGACAGCUCCACCUGCGUUGCCAUCACCUCCAACGACGUGGAGAUCGUGGCCAGUCGCGACUCCAGCAUCAACAGCAAGGCCCGGGGCAGCAACAAGGUUAAAAUCCAGCCAGUGGCAAAGUACGACUGGGAGCACAAAUACUACUAUGGCAACCUGAUAGCCGUGUCCAACUCCUACCUGGCGUAUGCUAUCAGAGGUGCUAACAGCUAUGGAAUGAUCCGGGUGCUGAGCCUGGGCACGGCGGAGCGUACCCUGCUGAAGGGCUUCACGGGCGCGGUCACCGACCUGGCCUUCGCCCACCUGGACUCCAGCCAGCUGGCCUGCCUGGAUGAGGCCGGGAACCUGUUCGUGUGGCAGCUCACCAGCCGCGACGGCAAGAUCCUAGAUGAGAUCAUUGUGCACAUCCGAAGGCCCGAGGACACGCCCCUGAACUCCAACCGCCGGCUGAUCUGGUGCCCCUUCAUCCCCGAGGAGAACGAGGAGAACCCAGAGGACGCCUGCCAGACCCUAGCCCUGCUGCACGAGGACCGGGCAGAGGUGUGGGACCUGGAAAUCCUCAGAGCGAACAACAGCUCCUGGCCGGUCGACGCCACUGACCUGAAGGACGGGUUCAUCACCAUCAGGGGUCACGCCGCACGCAUCAGUGAGGGGGCUUUGUCUCCAGAUGGGACGGUCCUGGCCACAGCCAGUCAUGACGGCUACAUCAAGUUCUGGCAGAUCUACAUCGAAGGGCAGGACCAGCCCAGGUGUUUACACGAGUGGAAGCCCCACAAUGGGAAGCCACUGUCCUGCCUGCUGUUCUGUGACAACCACAAGAAGCAGGACCCGGAUGUUCCUUUCUGGCGUUUCCUGAUCACUGGAGCAGAUCAGAACCGGGAGCUGAGGAUGUGGUGCACAGUGUCGUGGACCUGCCUGCAGACAGUCAGGUUCUCCCCAGACCCCUACAACUCCUCUGUGCUGCCCAGCCUCAAGGCCAGCCUGGACCUGUCGGCAGAUUACCUCAUCCUCAGCGACGUGCAGAGGAAGGUGCUGUACGUGAUGGAGCUGCGUCAGGACCAGGAGAAGGGGCGCGCGGGUUUCACGGCUGUGUCCGAGUUCCUGCUCACACACCCCGUGCUGAGCUUCGGCAUCCAGGACGUCAGCCGCAGCCGGCUGCGCCACACCGAAGUGCUUCCCCCCGAGGAGGAGAGCGAGAGCAUGACGGCAGAUACAGAAGGAAGUCAAGGACCUGUGGAGUCCAAAGCAGGCGUCCAAAUUAAACUCUACUGCGUCCACACAAAGUCUCUCCAGGACGUGCAGAUCUGGUUCCAGCCCCACCUCGACCCCCCCGGCCCCCUGCCCCUGCCCCAAGCCGGCUCCCAGGACGACUUUGGUUUCUCGGAUCACCUGGACGUGGCUGUUGAAGGCCUGGGCUCUGAUAAGGAGUCGGGACGCAGCUCCCAAAAUGACAUGCACGGGAUGCCAGCGCUGCCAGCCCCCGCAGACUUCCUGUCCCCCAUCAGCGAGCCCACGCCCAAGCUCAUGACCCCCGACGCCUUCAUGACCCCCAGCGCUUCGAUCCCUGCCUCUCCGGGCAGCAGUGCGAGCAGUCUGACAGUGGUGACAGCCAUGAGCAGUAACUCUGACAGUGGCGGUGCCAGGGGGGGUGACGAUCUGACCCAGAGCCCCAAGGUGUCGCUGGAGAACAGCAGCAGCACCAUGGCGCUGAGCGGGACCCCCACUGGCAGCCCCCACACCAGCAACAUCCUCAUCCCGGGCCUGGGGGACCAGCUACCCCUCAACAACCUGCAGGUGAUGGCGUCUCCAAACCCGCCGCUUUCGCUGGACCUGCAGGCGAUUGAGCCGCUCCUGGGCCCGCAGGCGUCCCCGACCCGAGAGCGCUCCCCUGACGUCAUCUCCUCCGCCUCCACCGCCAUGUCCCAGGACAUCCCCGAGAUCGCCUCCGAGACACUGCAGCGGGGGCUGGGCGUGACGGGGGCGGAGCCUCGGGACCCCGCCCUCCACGCCGACAGCAUGGCGUCGGCCGCGUCUGCGCUGCACCUGCUGUCCCCGCGGAACCGCAGCGGCUCGGACCACGCCCACCUGUCCCUGGAGCUGGGGGCGGGGCUGGGCGAGGGCGAGCGGCUCAGCUCCACCCCGUCGCUCCUGGAGACGGCGACCGCGGCUGCCGUCUGUGCAGACGGAGCCGUGAGCCAGCCGUGGCCCGCCGCCCCCGACAUCACCCGCGAAACCCGCAACAGCCUGCGGGAUGCCGGCCUCGCCGAGUGUGCCAGGGAGGAUAUGAAGGAGAAGCACAAGACCUCCCCGUACCACAGACACACCUACAGCCUUCCCCACAACGACAGCCAGGACGCCAGUGCCGAGCAGAGUGACCAUGACGAUGAGGUGGCGAGUCUGGCCUCGUCCUCCGGGAAUUGCGGCUCCAGGUCCUCCCACCGCCUCCCGGUGAAGGACUGGAAGGUCUCCCCACGGGGGUCCCCCAAACUGAAGAGGAAGAGUAAAAAAGACGACGGGGACUCCUCACAGGCCCGGCACGGUGAUCACCAGAUGGCCCCGGAGCUGCAGGACGAGCUGUUGCAGCUGCUGCGCAGUCAGCAGCGGGAGAUCGCGGAGCUGCGGCAGAGUCAGCUGGACCUGCUGCACAGGCUGACCAGCCACAUGGACGCUGUGCAGAGCUCCAUCAUGGCCCAUGUGGAGCAGGCCGUGGGCAGCCAGCAGGAGCAGGACCAGCGGCGGAUGGACCGCAUGGUGGCCGAGGGACUAGACCGGAACCGGCAGGUCCAGGAGAACUUCUCCCAGCAGCUGGCCCAGUCCCUGACCAAUACCCUGUCCAACCGUGUGGACAAGGUGCUCCGGGAUGAGAUGAAGAAGACCGUCCCUCAGACCAUCUCCAAGAGCCUGGAGCCCAUCACCGGCCAGCUGAGCAGCACCAUUGCCGCCAAGCUGACGGCUGUGGAGGGCACGCUGAAGGAGAACGUCUCCAAGGUGGUCAAGUCAAAGAACACGACGGACGCCAUUGGCCGGGCGGCGGCCGAGGCGCUGCAGGGACCCAUCCAGGUGGCCUACAGAGAGGCCUUCCAGAGCAUUGUGCUGCCCGUCUUCGAGAAGGGCUGCCAGUCCAUGUUCCAGCAGAUCAAUGACAGCUUCAAGCAGGGCACCCACGAGUACAUCCAGCAGCUGGAGAGCCACCUGAAGAACAAGAAGCAGCGUGAGCACGACGCUCGGGACCCUGUGAUUGGCCAGCUGCAGCAGAUGAUUGACACCUUCCAGAACACCACGGAUCAGCUGGCGUCGAGUGUGACGGCCAGCGUGCGCUCCGAGGUUCAACACCAGCUCCACAUGAUCGUGGGGAGCCUGCAGGACUCCAUCCUGACGCAGGUGCAGCGCAUUGUGAAGGGGGAGGUGAGCAUGGCCAUGAAGGAGCAGCAGGCUGUGGUCACCUCCAGCAUCAUGCAGGCCAUGCGCUCAGCCGCCGGCACGCCCAUCCCCACCGCUCACCUGGACUACCAGGCCCAGCAGGCCAACGUCCUGCAGCUGCUGCAGCAGGGCCAGCUCAACCAGGCCUUCCAGCAGGCCCUGUCUGCGGCUGACCUGAACCUGGUGCUGUACGUGUGCGAGACCAUCGACUCCCAGCAGGUUUUUGGCCAGCACCCCUGUCCCCUCAUCCAGCCAGUCCUGCUCUCCCUCAUCCAGCAGCUGUCCACCAACCUGGCAACCCGCUCCGAGCUCAAGAUCAGUUACCUGGAGGACGCGGUGAUGAACCUGGACCAGAGCGACCCGGUGACCCGGGACCACAUGAGCUCAGUUCUGGCACAGGUGCGGCAGAAGCUCUUCCAGUUCCUGCAGCAGGACCCCCACGGGCCCAUGAACAAGCGCGCACGCCGCCUCAUGAUGAUGCUGCAGGGCCUGGUCACUCACUAGACCCCGCGGGCCACCCCACCCCUGCCCCGCCCUGCCCCGCCCUGACUCUUCAUGCGCCGCCUCAUCACCCUGCCUGCCGCCUGGGAGGAUUGGCGCAGUCACCUAAACAUGGCUGAGUGUACGUCCCAGAGAUGGCACAUGGGAAUUGAAGUCCACAGCUGGGGGUUGUGGGGUAGAAUUGAACAUGCUCUGAACUUCAUUUCCCAUCAGCACCUCUGCUUUUCAAAAAAAAAGCCUCCUGUUCGGCUUCCUUGCUGGCCUUCCUGUCGUGUUUCGGCUUUCCUUUUCCCUAAAGGCGGGGCUGUCCAAGCAACACCCAGACCCCGCCCAGACUUCAGAGUGAUCGUUUUUGUUCUUCCCUUUGGCUCCUGUCUUCCUGUGGAGAAGAGGAAGGUGGAGUGUCGCUAAGUUACUCUCUCAGCAUUUUCCCUCCUCUUUCAUUUGUGAAAAAAGAUUAAAUAAAGCAACCAAAAAGCCAGAGGCUGAGAAGGCAGGGGUCGCAUGGAGGUGGCUUCUGUUUGGGACAUGCGCUGUGUUCCUGGGGACAGCUGUGCGUCGAUCUCUGGCUCUACAUAAACUCUGCGAUGAAAAGACCUCAGAGAGACAUGCCUUCUCUCUGUGUUUAACCCCUCAGCGUCCACCUCCCCACAGCCAUAUACUUCUUUUGUUGUCGUAGUUUUGUCCUGGAGAGGAUGCUGGGGGUGAAGCAGUGGUACAUACAGACAGGCCACAGCCCUUCAGUGCAGAUCGAAGGGCGUGAAUCUGCUUUAAUUUGCUCCCAAACCCACCUCAUGUGUCCAGAAUAAGGAACUUUGCUCACCCCCGUCUCCUGGACCGUCAGCCCGCUUGGUGUGGAAGGACCUCCCUGGCUCUGUGAUCGCUCCUCCUGGGCGCCGUGACUGCCGCUGUCGCUUCUCGUCCUGAUGAUGUGGGUUUGUGCAGAGAGUGAGACGGGCUGGUGAAAGGCGCGUGGUGAAGGCCCAGAGGAGAGACUGAAACGCAGAGUACAGUCUCCUGCAGCCUCUCUUCCUAGGGAGAAGGACAUCUUCUUUAUGGAUUUCUCAUGUAUGUUCUCCUCAGAGGUUUCGACAAAAGUCAGCGCUUACCUUGGUUUCAGUGCGAUGGAUUCCCUCUUUUUGUAGGUCCCCCCCUUUUUAAGUUUAAUACAGAUAGUUCCUAACUUGUAAGAGUAUCAAGUAAUUGAUAUAGUUACUAAUCAAUGCUUACAAUCAUCGCUUACAAUGAUAUACAGUACUAUGAUUAUUACUUUGAGGUGUUCUAAUAACCUGCAGUAUACCAAUAGGUCCCUAGAGGGCAGUCUUGUGCUGAUUGGCAUUUCAUGACGGUUAAGUCAUUGAUCAUCAGAAAGGAAACCCAUCCUCACCAGGCUGGAAGGUAAAGAUGAGUACCGCAGCACGCAGGGAGUUUGCUCAAUGUUCCAUUGUAGGUGUUGCGCAUGUGUGAAGGCUGGCAUACAUUAUUCAAUAAUACAGUUCCUUCUUGUAAUUGUCAUUCUCAUUCUAAAGUCUUAUCCAGUAAUAUAGCUCCUUCAGUUCCUCCUUUCUCCUCUGUUCCCUCUGGUGAAAGUAGUGGCUGAGGGGGUAUUUCUGUGUUUGUUUUUUUUUCCCUUUUUGUUUUUUUGUCUUUUUUUUUUUCUUUAACUGACAGGGUAAGCCUUCCAGUAUCUGAAAGCACUAUUAUAACUUCUGUAGACGAAACAUUUUUUGAAAGCAUGAGAAUGUCCACUUGCAGAAGUACCUACAGGUUUGAAUUUGUCUGCUGACUUAAGUGAUGAUGCCCAGUUUGAGUGGCGCAGGUAAAAGCUCACCUGUGAUUAUGAUGCGUCUGCUCCCUGUGUAAAUGGUAGGCCUUCACCCCCCCCAAACCCAAAGUGCAGAAACUUCAGAAGUGCCUUAAGAGCCAGUUUUGUUCCAUGCCUUUUUGAUGACGGUAAGCUUGUCCUGAAAUUAUGGCUCCUUAGCCCUACGAGGCGAACAAAUCGCAUGUUAAAAACCAAUCUCACCCCGUCAUUGAUCUCUGUGGAGAGUAAAAGGGAAGGGUUGUGUCUGUUAUCUGUAAAGUAUCUGUUAAAGUCUUUAUAGUGCAGUGAUGGGUGAGGCUUCCUGAGACACCUCCAAGUUCACCUGUCAAGUUCCAUCAUGGCUGAACUCAUCAGCCCUUGUCCUUCAAAGAAGACAGGUUUGAUUGGCUCAGCUGAAAGGUGUUGGUAGCUGGUGGCACCUGCGCCCGUGAAAAGGUAGACGGGUAGCCCCACUCACCUGCCACUAGUGUAACUGCUACUUCAGAGAAGCAGGCAGUAAGCUUGAUAUUUUUAUUUGGACCCCCUUGAAACACAACGGAAGAGAGGUGGAAAAUAAUUUGGCCACUAAUGUAAAAAA